UUUACGGUCAAUAUUUAUAGUGACGUGUCACGUUCUAGCGUAACUUGAUUAUGGUUUACUUGAGCAGCUCAUUGAAUCAGAAUGAACAAGUCACGGUGAAACCUCUGCUUGGAAUAGUGGAACACUUUUGUUUGCCAAAUAAUCCCAUCCAUACGUUUAGGAUUCUUUCAUCCGGUGCAGUACACACAUAUUGAUUGAUUUGUGACAGAAAUGACCUCGACAAAGAAACGCGUCAACAAGCGAACACUGCAUGAAGACAGUCAUGGGAAUAAUUCCGGUUCAAAACAAAGGAAAGUCAACUUGGAUGAUUCAAGACGUAUAGCUGCUCUUAUCCUCGCCCGAGGAGGAAGCAAAGGGAUCCCUCUGAAGAAUAUCAAGAUGCUGGCAGGUGUUCCUCUGAUCGGAUGGGUCAUAAGAGCAGCAGUGGAUUCUGAGGUCUUUGACAGUGUUUGGGUGUCCACGGAUCAUGAUGAGAUCGAGAGAGUGGCUAAAGCUUGGGGUGCCCAAGUGCACAGGAGGAGUCCGGAGGUGUCCAAAGACUCCUCAAGCUCACUGGAGGCCAUUCAGGAGUUUGCUAGACUGAACACAGAUGUAGGUGUCAUCUGUAACAUACAGGCAACUUCUCCUUGCCUGCACCCCUACCAUCUCAAACAGUCCCUGGAGCUAAUGACCAAACAAGGGUUUGAAUCUGUCUUCUCUGUGGUCCGGAGACACCACUUUCGAUGGCAAGAGGUCAAGAAAGGGGAUAUUAGCACUCAACCUCUGAACUUGGACCCAGCUCACAGACCGCGCCGUCAGGACUGGGCCGGAGAGCUGUGUGAAAACGGCUCCUUUUACUUUGCAACCAAAGACCUCAUAAAUAGAGGGCUUCUUCAGGGUGGAAAGAUGGCAUACUUUGAGAUGUUGCCCGAGUACAGUGUGGAUAUUGAUGUUGACAUAGACUGGCCUGUAGCUGAACAGAGAGUGCUGAGGUUUGGUUACUUCGGUAAGGACAAGCCAGAGGUUGUGAAGCUCCUGCUUUGUAACAUGUCUGGAUGUCUGACAGACGGUCAGAUCUACUUGUCAGUGAGUGAAGAGGAGAUGGUUUCCAUCAACAGCAGAGACCAGUCCGGCAUCAAAAUGCUCAUGAGAGAGGGAGUGAAGGUUAUUUUGAUGUCCUCCAAAGAAAACUCCAUACCGAAGACCUUAGCUGACAAACUGUCUAAGAGAAUGGGCUGUCCAGUCCUGCAUGGAGUGGAUGACAAACUAAAGGAGGUGAAGAAACUGAUAAAGAAGAAAAAACUAGAGUGGAAAGAGGUGGCUUACUUAGGGAACGAUGAGCCAGAUGUGGAGUGCCUGAAUCUUGCAGGGCUAAGCGCAGUACCUCUGAAUGCCCCAGUGGUGGCGCUCAAUGCUGCAAAAUACUCCUGCAAUAAAGCAGCAGGUCACGGGGCCCUGAGAGAGUUUGCUGAACACAUCCUGCUGCUGAAAAAGAAGGCCAAGUCUCAGAUGGAGCAAGACAGAAUUGGAAGAUGAAGUAUCAGUGUAUUUAAAGAAUUACCUAUGUGCUUGAACUUUAACAAUACUGUGGUGAUGUUGAUGAUGAUGUUGAUGAUUAUGAUGAUGAUUAUGACGAUGAUUAUGAUGAUGAUGGAUUUCUUUUGGUGUUUCUUUUAACAGGAAUGCAUGUGUGUGUAUGUGUUUAUGUAUGUGUGUGUGGGGGGAGGGGAAAUUUAAUAACCCAUUUAGAAUAAUUUUUUUUUAAAACAUUGCAUUGUGUUACAUCUGUGCUCCUUGAUUUGUCGUUGCCUUAAACGUUGGCUGUGUCUCGUUUGGAAGGAUGCAUCCUCCGAAGGUCACAUUUGUCGGCUGCAUACGUCAUCGCGGCUGUCUCGUUUCAGAAUAGCGAGUAGGACACUUCGAAUGCAGCCUUCGAAUGAGACCUUCUUUCAAGGGAAUUCGGAGGAUGCAUGAGGUGUAUCUUUCUUGGGUACUCACAACCCACAAUUCUUUGCUUCAACGGAAAUGUCUAAAAAAAAAAAAAAAAAAAAAAUGACGCCAAUUUGCCCGUAAAUAUUUUCAAACGCAAGAAAUGUUAAUUCCCAAGUUUAAGUACCUCUGUAGAUGGGUGCAGAGUAUAUAAUAUGUAUAAUUAUAUUAAUAUAUAAUUAAAAUAAAGUAUUAGACUAAAAGUACACCUGUAACAAAUAUUUUCUUUUCUCUUUCCAUCAUUAUAACUCUCCUAAAAUGUACCUCAUACAUUCCUUUCUAAAGGGACUUUGUUCCCUUCUCACUCGAAGCGCUCGCGCUUGUUAAAGAGUGGCGUGCUGUCAUAGCAACCAUGAUACGUUCCGUUUCCGUUUGUCCUACGAAGGGCGUCUUGUUUAAACGAGGCCUGUUUAGAGGACAAAGGACGCGUCCUACCUAGCAUGCAGCCUUCCAAACGAGAUACAGCUUGAGACACAGGGAUAGAGAUUGAAUAACCACAGUGGUUUGUAUUGGAAGUUCUCAUAAAACAAUAGUUUUUUUUUUUUUUUUUUGUAGUUCUCCAAAAUAUACACUAGAUGGCAACCUUGUAAAAUCACAUAACGGUCCUCAGUUAAGCGCUCCAUUUGUUUAUUUUUAAAUUAUAAUUACAAUAAGCUACUAAUAUUAUACAAUAUCAACAAAGAAUAAGUAUCUUAUUAGUUAGAGUCUUACAUCUGUUAGCAGAGAACGGUUGCAUAAAUCUGACUUUAUUUUGUGUAUUAAAAUGCUUUCCCAAAGACUUACUUUAAAAUCUAAAAUGUUCAGUUUCUUUGGAUCAAUAAUGAACAAUAAUUCAUUGAUUUUAUAACCAUAAUCAGAUCCACAUAUAGCGAGAAUAGCACAUUUGUAAGAUUAAGGCAGGAAAAUUCAAAUCAACCCAUCUUCAGAAUGUGAUUAACCUUACUGCCAGCCUUGGCAACCUUCAUGAUAUUCAGUAGAUAAUCACUAUGGUAACCCAGUUUUGCAUACUAAAACUGUUUGAUGCUCCAGAACUGUAGUUGUGUCUUAGACUAUCUCUUUACCCUCAUGAAUUUCUUUGUUGUUUGGUUGGAAUAGACUACCUUUUUAGUUUUGUCUGUAUGAUGCCUGAACUAUGAUCACCAGGGUAAAGCACAGAGGCCAUAAUGAGGGUGAGAUUUCCACUCACCAGCUGCAAUUAAGACUCAAUAAGUCUGUUAAUUUAUGAUUCCUCUUAAUCUAUGCACCAUAAGAGAGAGGGCAAACCCAAUUAACUCUCUCUUGUCAUCUCCGGGCACAUUAUUAUUGUACAGUUUCUGGUGUUUUGUGUGCACAGUGCCGAAUCACAGUUUCACCCAAAGUCAACAUAUCUCAGCUUAUUUAACCAAGGAUAUGUAUUGUUUAACUGGAUAAUUCCUAACUUGAGGUCUGUGAUAAAACAGCAUUUAGAUCUAAUUUGAAACCAAGAGAACUGUCUGUCUGUUUAUUUAUUUAUUUAUUUAUUUAUUUUUAUGGAGAGGCUAGAUUUACUCAAAUUAAAAUGGGGAACUGGUAGGAAGAAAAGUGUUAAAGGGGUCAAAGGUCUGUUUUGAUAGGGUUGCAGGGAAAAAACAAUGAUAAACUCAAAUAAUAAAAUGCAACUAACCAUAUAAUCAUGCAUAAUUAGGGUAGCAAAGUAAAUCUCUCAUAUCUUUUGUGUUGAUGUUGAAGCUGGUAAAUCACACUUCUGCUUUUAAUUCAUUUACAAAUUGUCAGUUUAAAUUUUUUUCAGCCUAUGUUAAUAAUUGUGCAUUUAAUUGGGCCAAUGUAGCUCAGAGACCUUAUUCACACUAGUGCCUUCUUUGAUUUUUAAUGGGAAUGACAAUGAGGCUGUGAGGGAUAGACUUACAAUCUCUUCAAUUGUCUGUACUGCAAUUUAAAAUGUUUUUGGAUUGUUCAAAAACAAGAGCAUUCAGUACAUAAAGAACUCCAGACAACAUGAGUUGUGGAAAAUCAGAUGUGAUCUAGGAGCUUUAUACAGCUUUAUACCGUUCGUGCCAUUGAGAGACGGUAAGUCUAUCCCUCACAACCUCGUUGCCAUUCCCAUUAAAAUGAAAGAUGCCACUAGUGUGAAUAAGGUCUAUUGUAAUGUUAAAACAUUUCAUUUUUGUUUCCUGCGCUACACAAUUCUGGUAUUGUCUUGGGUUGCCAGUUGACAUCAAAUGUAAAAUCUGUCCCGAAGCCUAAAUAAAUCAAAUAAAUAGUCUAAAUAAUCAUCCAAUGACAUUUUCGCUAAAACUUAACCAAGGGACUGUUAGAUUAAAAGUUAGCAUGUGAAUUUUGGUUGAGUCAGGCAGAAAGUUGCAAGAUCAAUAUAUACAGAGGUGCCCCUUUCUGUCUCCCCCAAACUCCUGCUUGUCCACUGGAGCCAAUUAAAAUGGGUCAAUAGAAACUGAUGAAACUUGUCGUGAAGGGGCACAGGUGUGUGGCAGCAGCAGUCACCUCUGUCAGUUGUUGCUGGUACUCUCAUCUCAUUAUAAAAAAAUUAAUACCUCACUCUGUCUCUGAGCACAGUCAUUGGCCCGUAUGCAUUGGAGCCUCAGGUGGGUUUGGAGGUUGAUUGACAUUGUGCUUUUAAGCCCUGUGGAUUUGUUAAAUUUAGAAUGGGAAGAGAUGGCAUUUUUGCAUGGAAUGGAUCGAAGUAUCUUGCUGUUGUAAUUUAAGCAUUUUACAUUAAGGCAAAUAUAGUUCUGCUAUGGGGUGGGGGGUAACUUUUGUGAUAAGAGUCAUCUUACAAAAGAGUACUGUGGUGGUGCCAUGGCACAGUGAUGUUUUCAGAUGUUAAUAUCAUGGUUCUUUGAGAUAUACCACAGUCCUUAGGUGCCAUGGUACUCCCAGGUAAGAAAAAAUUCCAUGUUACUACCAUGGUAAAUGUACAAAAAAAAAAAAAAACUAAAAAAUCAUGCAGUACUAUGGUACUUUUUUGGUGCUUUAGUUAGUGUCAAGACAAUGAAAAAGACAGAAAAUGGAGAGGAAUUUAAAGGAGUUCAAAAUGCUCUAAAUUUCUAUUAAUUGUCAGAAUCAGGGUCAAAUCCGUACCCGUAUAACUUUAGUAGCAUUAAGCCCAGUAAAUGGCAGGUCUAUUUAUCAGUCAAACUGUAAAUGCAUUGGUUCUGUAUUAAUGUAAUUCUAAUAAUCAAGCAAUAAAGAUUAGGCCUAUGGCAUUAUUUUAAGUAGUUCUAUUUUUCAUUAGAUUACUUAUGAAUGUUUUUAUAUUGCUUUUUUAAUAUUUAAUUGCUGCUGUUAUUGAAAAACUUAAAGCACUGUUUACUCUGUUCUUUAAUUGUUUUUACACUGCUUUAUUACUGGCUCUUGAAUAAUUACUUUUAAAAACUUGAAGCAAAGUUUAGGAGAAACACUUGAAGGCUACAUUGUUUUAAUUUAAUUUGUUAAUAUUUACAUCAAUAUUAAACUAUUUUAAAUAAA